UUGUGCAGAAAGUGUCUUAGAGGCGACAAUGGGAAGCAUCACAGUGUCUGCAGCAGCCUCAAUGGUGCUCAUUGCUACGUACUAUCUGCUGAUUCUGGGCACUCUGGCCAGUGCUGAGACGUCCAGCAAUCCGAAGCCUCUUCUGCCGCCGCCGGAGAAUCUCACGCCGCACUUCCGCACGCGUGGUGGCCUCUUUGCCGCACCUAGGCGCCUAUCGACGCUGCACAGAGCGAAGCCGGUGCAGGAGAUGGCGUGGAUCAUCGACGAGGACGAGGACAGUCCCUUCAGCGACGUGAGCAAGCGCUUCGACGACUACGGACACAUGCGCUUCGGCAAGAGAGGCGCCGGCGAAGGUGAUCAAUUUGACGAUUACGGACACAUGAGAUUCGGCCGACGCAAAAGGAGCUCUCGCGAAUAGGCGCACGUCCCGGAAAAUGAUGUACAUAUGGUGACAAUGGCACGCAAUGUAGUACUCUAUUGGCUGGAAUAGAGUAUUAUCCUGUAGAAUUACUGAAUAAAUUGCAAAU